GUACGCUUACCGUGAUAUGGGAUGAGAAGGAUGGCAAAAUGGGAUACAACGAUGGCAAACCAUUUGGGACAAACAGCAAAGGAAUGAAUUGGUGGAAAUGUAAAUUAGAAGACUGUUGGAUAAAAGCUGUUUCAGGGAAGCAAAAGUACUGCGAAGGUCAUAAUGUGCAGCAAAAUUACGUCAUCCGAGAUAUGAAGUCCGCAACUGUGACUUUGUUUUACUACACCCCAAGGUACUCGAAAAAGGCAGGAUGGUCUAUUCCUGAUUUCAAAGAUUAUGUGAAAAGUGAUAGCUGUGAAACCCAACACAAAGCAAUACACAGUCAUUUUAAAGAUCAAAAAAAUAUGCAUAUUGUGAAGGACUACACGUGGAAUGUCAAGAUUGAGGAUGUUUUGGCUGGAAAGGGAAGUGAUCAUAAAAUGGUAGCAAUUAGUUUGAUGUCAAUGCUGAACAACUCUAUUUGUGCUUCAAAAGACAAGAUUCAUCUCAUCAAUGAACAAGUUGUAUUCGCAAAGGGAGUCGACCUUUACGAAAACGAAUUCUUCCCCAAACUGAAGACCAUUUUGGUAGCCAACAACUACAAAUUUCGCCUCACAGAUGAGAAGAAGUCCACCAAAGUUGUCCCUCAAACUCUUCUCUCCCAAGUUUCGUACAAAAAUUUACCACUCGUUUACUGUGGAAAAGAUGAAGAUGAUGGGAGGAUUUAUGUGGGGGAGAAAUGGGGGAAUACAAAUGUAAGGAAGUCCGAAGGUUCUUCCACACAUGAUGUCACGAAGAAAACAGCCUUAUCAGAGUUUGCAAAAAAAAAAUAUAACUCGUCUCUACCAAUUCAACCACCCAAAUAUUGAAGAAGUGAAGAUGGUCAAGAGAUGGAGCGAAAAAACCACGCAUCAAAUUGUCAUUUUCAAUGAAAUGAAGACUAAGGCUAGCGAGAUAGAGUCGAUGGGUCAAAUAGCAUGCAUUGUCGCUAAAAUGUUGGAGGUCCAGAUUAAUGACCAUCCAAUCAAGUUAUUAAAUCAGAAGUUCGCACAUUUCGAUGAUGGUUUCCAUAAGUCGGAAUUUCAGGGGUUAUUUGGAUAUUUGUUUGGGUGUGGUGUAGAGGUGGAUAUCCCCCCGUUGGUUAAAGAUGAGAAUGGGAAGGUUGUGUGGCAGAUGUUGGAUUAAGUUUAAAGUCAGAAUUGGAAUAAUUAAAUUAUAAUAUAAUAUAAUAAUUUAU